AUGGUGUCCGAUACUUCAGAAGGUAGAACGAUAUUUAUCAGAAACCUAUCGUUUGAUGUGGAAGAAGAUGCGUUGCACAAAUUUUUUUCACAGUUCGGACCCCUAGAAUUUGCGAAAAUAGUUAAAGAUCCAGCAACACAACAUUCCCGAGGUACAGCCUUUGUAAAGUUUGUAAAUGCUGAGGAUGCAUCAAAUGUCUUACAACAAUCUGAUAAACCUGAGAACGCUCAUCAAUUUUCUUUGGAAAACCGAACUUUAAACAUAACAAUUGCUGUUUCUAGAACAGAGGCACAAAAUCUACGAAAAAGGAAACACGAAGAUGAUGCUCCAGAGGGUUUUAUAGGUCCUGCAGAUGCUAUAAAGCAGAAAGGACGUAAUUUGCAUUUAGCAUCUAUUGGAAUUAUUCGUCCUGGGUCAUCUGAAGCUGAAGGUUUAAGCAAAGAAGAUUUAGCCAGAAGGGAUGCAUUACUGCGAGAGAAAAAGAAAAAACUAACUGAUCCAAAUUAUUUUAUUAGUGAUGUUCGAUUGUGUCUACGUAAUCUACCCUUACAUGUAUCCGAUGAUGACUUAAAGUCUGCUUGCAUGAAAUUUCUAAAAAAAAGUACAGACCACCGAAUUUUAGAAUGCCGUAUUAUGCGUAAUCUUCAACCAGGCAGACAACAAUAUCGUUCACUUGGCUAUGGAUUUGUUGCAUUUACCAAUCAUGAAAAUGCGUUAAGUGUAUUGUAUGGUUUAAAUAAUAAUCCGAAUGCAUUCCCACCUAGUAAUCGAGUAAGUUAA